CUGCAGAAAAGUCAGGAGUCCUUUCACUUGGAGCUGAGCGGCGGUCCGAGCCUGCGGCUGUGCGUCCUUCCAGCAGCAGCAGAGCCGUGCCACGAGAGGAACAUGCCCGGGAUGGGCAACUCUUUACGCGCGGCUGCCCUCCUGGCUUUCGUGGUUCUUUCUAUUCUGGUGUCACUCCUGAUUAGCAGCGUGCAGCAGUUUGGAGCGAGAAUAUCUCACUUUUCCAAUGCAACUGUUGCUGGUGAUGAGGAGUCGCUCCGCGGGGCGUUGAUUCACCAACUCAACGAGAGACGCAAAGAAAUUAUUCCGCUGCUUUUACCUGCUGAUGGCGAUAAAAGUCGACUUUCUCUCCAACAUGAUCAAACGCAAGACUCGACUCUGGAUUACAGUCUGUGGAAUGAGAUCACGCAUGGCUCCAGGAAAGCGCAUAUGGAUGAAAUGGGCUGCGACUCUCUGGUGGACAUGCAGGCGCUGGAGGUCCUCGGCUCUGGAUACACCAAACUGGUUGUCAAAGUGAAUCUGGCCGGCGGUCAGCCCGUGGCCUUAAAACUGGUCAACGAGCAGGGGAUAGACAUGGGCAAGUGUGUGGAGGAUUUUAAGGACCCUCGAGGCUGCCGAGAGCUCGUUUCUUACAAGUUGAAGAAAGAAAUAGUGCUGUUGCAGAGGCUGCAGCAUCCAAACGUCAUCAAGCUCAAAGGUCACUGUGCAGGAGAUGCAGCAGGAGGAAGAGGAGGAGAGGGGGGGAGAGUCACAGUGAUUCUGGAGCAGGGGAAUCCUCUCCAGAUGAUCCAGCUGCUGCAGAGCCCCUGGGAGGACAGAUUCAGGGUGUGUCUGGACCUGGUUAGACUGCUCCACUUCCUGUCUCAGUCUCCUCUGGGCUCCGUGGCUCUGCUGGACUUCCAGCCCCGGCAGUUUGUCACCGUGUCCGGAGAGCUGAAGCUCACAGACCUGGACGACGCCAGUGCGGAGGAGACUUCCUGUCAGAGGGACUCAGACUGCACCCUCCAGUUUCCACACAGAAACUUCACUCUGCCGUGCUCGGCGCAGGGAGUGUGUGAGGGCUUGAAUGAGAAGAGGAACAUUUACAACGCCUAUAGGUAUUUUUUCACCUACCUGCUGCCUCACCAGGCCCCGCCCGGCUUCACACACCUGGUAGACCACAUCAUGAACUCCACAGGGGAGCUGAAAGCUGACAUCAAUCAAACGCUGGAAGCCUUUGAACACAUCCUCCUCCUCUACAAGUCUGGCCUGCACCUGGACAACCUGCCUCCAUCAAUAAUCAGAGAUUACACCGUGAUGCGAGGCAUGGGGACCUCUGGGAACGCCGAGUACCGCUGCUGGCCGUCCUACAGUCAGCAGGGCUGCGUGCUGUCGGUCCACAGCGCCAGAGAGGCAGCGUACAUCUGUAACUCCCACUCUCAGUGCAACAGCUUCACUCUGACCGGGCAGAAGACGUGGACAGGUCGCCUCCUGGCCUCUUUCAGGAGCAGCUUCAGUCAUCUGGUGCCUGAUGGGACGUCAGAGGUGUACGUGAAGAAAACCAAAGCUCCCGAAACUCCCACUGUGUGACACGAGGACCAAACAGAGCUCUCCUGUUU